CAAAAUAUUAUCUGCAUUCAACCUUUCAGCUUCCCCGGAACUUGACUCCUCCACAUAAGCUUUGGACAACUUAAUCAAAGGUUACUUUCUCUCAACACCGAACAACACUCACAACAACGCCAUCGUCGAUCACAAUUCACCAAUCACAUUGAAUUCUCUCCAGCUCAGCCAACCUCAAUAACAAUUAUCAUUUUGAGUGUUGGGUCUUCCAGACGUCUAUCACAUGCAACGAGCACAGUCGGCCGUGGAUUUUUCCAAUCUACUAAACCCCACAGCACCGGCUGAAAAGGAAAUCGAGAAACCCCAACAGGGCGACGUCGAGAUGGCAACCGCAGCAGUGACAGUUAUUAAGCCCAAUGGCCCCCUUCCUGGUGGCCAGUCUUCGGAGAACUCCAACGAGUUGCCCCGACCUUACAAGUGCCCUCUCUGCGACAAGGCCUUCCAUCGUCUGGAGCACCAGACUCGUCACAUCCGAACUCACACUGGCGAGAAGCCUCACGCCUGCCAGUUCCCUGGUUGCAGUAAGAAGUUCUCUCGAUCCGAUGAGCUCACUCGUCACUCUCGUAUCCACAACAACCCAAACUCAAGGCGAGGCAACAAGGCUGCUCAAGCUCACCAGCAGCAACAGCAUCAAAUGCACCAGCAGGGCAUCCCCCAUCAUAUGCUUCCUGAUGGAAUGAUGGCGCCGCCUCCUGCCCCCAAGACCAUUCGCUCUGCACCUGGCUCUGCUUUGGCCUCACCUAACGUGUCACCUCCUCACUCUUACUCUACAUUUGCUCUGCCCACCUCAGCAGUCCAUUACAACCGAGGUGGUGAUAUUUCCAUGCUGGCCAAGGCCGCUACUCAGGUCGAGCGCGAGACCUUGACAGCACCUCCUCACCACCACAAUAACAACCGCCACCACCCUUACUUUGGUCAUGGCAUGCACAGCUCUCGAGGCCAUUUGCCCACACUUUCUUCUUACCAUAUGGCUCGUUCUCACUCAGGCGACGACGAUGACCAUUACUCCGGCUCUCUGCGCCAUGCUAAGCGCUCCAGGCCUAACUCUCCCAACUCCACAGCUCCUUCGUCACCAACAUUUUCUCACGACUCUUUGUCACCUACACCUGACCACACCCCAAUCGCCACACCUGCUCACUCUCCUCGUCUGCGGCCCUUCUCAGGCUACGAGUUGCCCAGUCUCCGAAACCUAUCACUUCAACAUAACACAACGCCUGCUCUAGCUCCUAUGGAGCCUCAUCUUGAGCAGAGCCAGUUCCAGCAGGGAGCGGCACCCACUGCUCAGCCUCGCCCCAACGGCAUCUCUUUAACGGACAUCAUUAGCCGGCCUGACGGAUCCCAACGCAAGCUUCCUGUUCCUCAGGUUCCCAAGGUCGCUGUUCAAGAUCUUCUGUCCGAUAAUGGAUUUAGCCACAGUGGCAGAAGUUCAGGAACAAGUAGUUUGGCCGGCGGCGAUCUCAUGGAUCGCAUGUAAUACACGGCAUGGAUCGCAAACACACGAUAUGAUGACGACUAUGGGUUAUAGAGGUAUAGAAAGAAACGGCGUUUACGGGUCAUUACAAGGCAAUCGAAUUACAUCAUCUCAAGAACUGAGCAUUUGGCGAGGAAUUGGGCGGCAUUUGUGAAACGGAAAGCAUUUUCAUUGCAGGGCGGUGGACGGUUGGUUGCAACAAGUCCGGCCCAUAUUUGGGGGGCGGCGGAAACUAGAUUUCGGAUUGCGGAGCACUUGGAUUUUUCCUCUCGGGCUUGCCUCGGGGGUCGUCGGAGGCCACAUUUUUUCCUCUGUCGCAAAACACUAUGAUAUCCAUGGAUUGUUUGCACUCUACUUUAUGAAAAGAACUUCACUCCUGUUACAUUUUUUCUCCAAAACUACCAUGUCCAAUGUCUUACAUUAUGUCUUAUUUCCUUUUUCUACUAUUCCAGUGUGGGGAUCACUUUACCUACAACGAGGGCCUUGAUGGGAGUUGAUAAUGGAUCGACCAGGGUCUGACAUGGUAGCUUGCUUCAGUGCUGAGCUUAGCUCAGUCAAAGCAAGCCAGUCAGCCCUGAGAGACAACUACUGGGGUGUUAGGGUGCCUCUGGCCCUCGUCGAAGAUUACGAAACUAAUACCAGGAAUGAUGUAUGGCGAUAGAUAGAGAUAGACCAAGAUCGCAAGGAUAAGCUCCAGGAC